CAACAACAGUUGCAGCUGAACAGCUGGUUUUCCACUCGGAACAGGCGAUCGUUUUGUUGUGUUUUAUUUUUCCUCUUUUAAUUAUCAAUUUUUUUGUCGCCGCUACUACUCAUGCGCACGGGUCGGCCGAAGCGCUUUAAUUUCGUAUAGUACUUUUUUUUUCUUUUCGUUCACCAGCCCGUUUCGUUUUUUUCACGGUCGUCGCCAUUCUCUACGACCGCGUUCGACCGACUACAGCGGUCCCGUCUGGUAUCCGUCCCGUCGUCUUACGUCACCCUUGUGUCUGCUGCGCCUGUUUGCGGUGCGAGUGUGUGCGUGUGCGUGUGUGCGUGUUUUCGUGUUGGUGUGCGUGUACGCUGUGUGUACAAGGCGCGCGAGUGUGUGUCCGUGCCUACCGAUUACUUAUCGCUACGUAGCAGUUGAGCAGCAGUAGUAGCAGUAGUAGUAGUAGGAGCAGUGGAAGCAGCGAAACUCGCACUAUCAUUGACAGCCGCUGUCAAACGAUUGUUUAGGGUACUCGUCAAACGGUCACCGUUUGCGUUUUCGCGCGAGCUAAUCCACCACUACUGGUCAGCUCUCCGUACUGCCGAUUGCAUUAACGAAGUUAUGAUGUUGAAAGGCGAACAGUUGUUGGUCAUCGAUCCGCCGCACGAGCUCAAAUUCAAAGGUCCAUUUACUGAACCAGUUCAUACUGUAAUGACACUAAAAAAUCCAAUUGAUAGAAAAGUAGCUUUUAAAAUAAAAACUACUGCACCUAAACGUUAUUGUGUCAGACCAAAUAGUGGUGAACUUGUUCCCAAAGAGAAAGCUGAAAUUUCAGUAAUAUUGCAACCAUUCGACUAUGAUGCCAAUGAAAGAAAUAAACACAAAUUUUUAGUACAGACAGUUGUCAUUGAUCCUGUUGCUGAUUAUGGAGAAGAUGGCAAAACUUUUCAGUGGAGAGAUAUUGACGAAAGUAGAAUAAUGGAUUCUAAAUUGAAAUGUUCAUUUGAAAUGCCUUCAGUCGAACAGUUAUUAGAAUCUAAAAAUAUUCAUGAAGAUAGUACUGCUGUAUUUGAAGCAAAUCCUGAAACGGAAUUACAAAAAGCAGCCACCGAAGUAAAAGAAUUACGAGAAGAAGAAAUCGCUCUAAGACAAGAAAAUAUUAAAUUGAAAGAAGAACUAUUACAGUUGCAAAAUGAGUAUAAUAACCAGCAAUAUCAAAAACGUUCUGUUGGUGGUAGUCAGCAUUUGGAUAUGCAAAACAGAAAUGCCAAUAUAACCUUAAUGGUUGGUCUGGCGAUAGUUGUUGCCUUGUUGGGUAUUAUAGCUGGAAAAUAUAUAUUUUAGUUACAUAAUUUAAUUUUACAUUGGAAAAAAAAAAACAUUUAAAUUUUGAUAAUAAAUACAUAAUAUUAAUUUAUAAAGCAAAAAGCAAAAUAUUGUAUUUUCAAUUUUGAACGCAAAUUAUUUGUGCAUAGUCCUAUCUGUUUAGUUCUUUAAAAAAAUAAUAUAUAUAUAUAUAUAUAUAUAUAUUAAAUUAAGUUGCCAUCUAUGAUUAAUAUUAUCCUAUUCAUAUUUAUGCGCAUAUUAAUUUGGGAAUACAUAAAUAAAAACCUUUCUUUAUGCACAGAUAAAUUAGCUUAAAAGCCCGUUUAUGGUUCAGGUGAUUAGUUGAAGGUUAUUUGAUUAUUAUUUUUUCUUCUUAAAGUUAUUAUCUUUAA